ACUUAAAUUCCGAAAACAAGAUUUCGCAAUUUUUGCAUUAUGAUUGCUUCCGUUGGUUUUGUAUAAAUUUCGCUGAACGAGUUGUGUCGUUGGCAGAUUCUGUUUUGUCAUUUUGUUCCAGCAUCAAUUUCAUCAUGAAGCACAUUGCAUUUGCUGUGCUGUUUGCAGCGCUGGUAGUAACAAGUACAAAUGCACAAAAGGGGUGGACAUGGUGCUGUACCUCUCAUGAAGAAUUUUUGAAAUGUGAGAGUAUUCUACGAAGAAAUGAUCCUGAUAUAAAUUGUCACGAAGAAGACGGGACUGAAAACUGUGCUAAUAGAAUUAAGGAUAGAACAGCGGACAUGAUGUUCAUGGAUGGUGGAGAUAUCUUCAGAUACCACCGGUGGUUGAAAGUCGUUGUUGCAGAAGAUUACGGAGAAGGAGAUGCCAGUUAUUAUGCAGUUGCAGUGGCUAAAUCUGACCUACCGUCUCACGUGAGUAUGUUAGCUUUGGAAGGAAUGAAAUCAUGUCAUACUGGAGUUGGAAAAACGUCCGGGUGGAACACGCCAAUAGGAUGGAUCGCUAGAAAUAGAGGGGUAAUGAACUCCAGGGGACAAGUGCAGCUUUACGAUCCAUUUACUGUUAGCUGUGCUCCGGGAGCUAAUAUUGCUUCUUAUCAAAAUAUUAUUCCGAAUGCCGGCGGCCAAAAAUGGUGUGCUCUUUGUAUUGGAAAUAAUAAAGGGGACCAUAUUUGCGAAAGAGAUUCCGACGAACUGUACUAUGGCUACAAAGGAGCUCUUCAGUGCAUGAAGGACGGAAUGGGAGAUAUUGCAUUUGUCAAACACACCACUGCUACAGACGACGAAGAUAAGAAUAACUUUAUUCUUCUUUGUCCAGAUGGAUCCAGAAAGCAUCCAGAUGAGUGGAGAGAUUGCAAUUUAGCUAAGGUCCCCGCUCAUGGGUUAGUAAUGAACAAACCCACUGAAGUCGAAGCUACAAAGAUUUACAAUAUGUUGGAAGACCUUCGGAAACGCUUGGGCAAUCAAGAAAUGUUUGGUGACAAAAGGGAUCUUUUAUGGAAAUCUUCGACCAAAGCAUUUCUAUUUAAAUUUGACUCGGCUGUAAAUUACCUUGGCGCGGAAUACUAUUGCAAUAUGCUUGUCCUGAACGGAAUGAAUUUGCUUCACACAAAAGGGUGUUUCAAUCGAACCUCUGAUGGACGUACCUAAAUAUCAGACAUUACUGCUCAUUUUAGAACAUGUUAUUUUUUAGCAUGAAUGUAUAUAUUACAUUUCACAUUAUUAAAUAAACAUUUCACAAACCUUC